AACGACGUAAUGGCCUCCAACUCUACACCUCUGGGACAAAUUCAUCUGACCCUAAAGAAGAAUAUCUAUGUGACACAGUUAGAGGACGUGCUGACGGUACAGACAUCCUGGAUGUCCUGAAUGUCACCUGUCCCUGGGACCUGGCGCUACCUGACCGUCUACACAGAGACUGAUAAUGAUGGACAUGGUGCUGUGUUGGACUUCGUUGAAGUACAGGUGUGGACAUGCAACUCAGGGUAUUAUGGAGCCAACUGUGGCCAGUCCUGUGCUACACGUCACUGCAAGAUGAACUCCGUCUGUGAUGUGACACAAGGGCGGUGUGUCGUAGGAUGUGCGGCUGGAUAUCAAGGAACAGACUGUACACAAGCAUGGGUUUUACUUACGGAGACAACUGUAGAAAGUACUGCAACUCCCGUCACUGUGUCGACAACCUGGCUUCCUGUCCUCCUGACACAGGGGCGUGUUCAAGUGCAGGCUGCCUAACUGGAUGGGCAGGAACUGACUGU